AUGCCAAUGCAUAACAUGGUGCUGUGGUUUAAGAAUCGGAGGGCCCGGCAUAAAAAGCAUCACCCGUCUCAGACAGCGGUCAAGACUGGCAGAAGAAGCUAUGUGAAAAGCGGGAUAUAUGCCAGGGCGUCUAAAAAGGGAAAGGUUUUAAGGGAUGGUACAGGCAGCAGUCCCAUGAUGGCUGCUGCAGCCGUCACAUCGGAGGACCAUCAUGCAGAGGUACGAGGCGACACGACGCGUGAAGUUGCCGACGUAGGACGACCCUCAAUAGCAAGCCAGGUUGAAACGGAUAUGCACCAAGUUGCGCUCCUGGCUGCGGCAGUAGAGGCGGGCGCGCCAUUGGCAGAUAUUGCAGGUGCACCUGCUGAGGGUCUGAUGGAUUCUGUAGCGAAAAAUGAGGUGUUGGACGGUAUCGGAAGCGAGAAGCGGAGAUUGGAAGACGGAUCCCGAGUAGAUGGAAUGCCACCUACAAAGCGAACACGCUAUCAAGGUGUGAGCGAGGUCGUCGGAGACGCCAAUCCUUGUCGUGUAUGGAACGCGAAGGAAUGUCACCGACGCUGUUGUGCUUUCUUUGCGAAAAGCACAUCAGGGUGUGAGCAACCUGAACAAACUAAGAGUGCCCAAAGAGCGUCAGAGAUGUUUUUUCUGGGCGAGCUUCAGAACGGGCUUACCCUUACCAGCGCAAUGCAAAGUCUUGAGACAAGCGCUGGGGUGUUAGAUAAGAUCAUGGAUCGGAUACGCCAAGAAGGGCAAUCAGUCAAGCUGAGUUCCGGAAGCAGAGCGGUUUUGAGGGAGUUCGUCGCGCAAGUGAGGAGUGGGCAGGCAAUCCACGUGCACAUCGAAGCACACGGUGACGUUGUGCCAAAAGAGGAGUAUGAGCGUCCAAGGCAAGAAGUUAUUGAGGUGACGGGGGAUCACGACGAGAGGCAAGAUGUGGAAGAAAUGCAAGUAGUUCAAGGUGAAGAGCAAACCGAACGGCAAGAAGAAGAAGCAGUGGAAAACCAAAAAGCAAAUGAAAUUGAACAAGUGGAGCAACCUGAAAACUCCCGUGAAGAGCACAUCCAUCACGCAAGUGAACAGCAGGGCGAGCAGACCCCUGAGCAUAGCCAUACAGAGGCGGUUGUACAGCAGAACGAAGAGUCCAAUGGGCAGGUGAAUGAGGCUGCAGCUACAGAGGUGAAUGAGGCUGCAGCUACAGAGAUAAAUGGAGAAGCAAAUGAGAAUGGGGUGGAAAGGAGUGAAGAACAGGGCACGGAACGAGGAAACGAACAGCUGCCGCAUUUUUCAGUGCAUCAGCAACUGCCUUGUUAUCCGAGAAGCUGCCAUCGGCAAUGGCGUCACCAAUCUUGA